AUGUGCCUAUUCAGGUCAAAGGUCUGUUCGCAUUGGUGUAGUCGAACAAACAAAAUUCCUGUCGUCUUGAACUUUCUGUUGCGACACAAGUGCGAAAAAAUCCUCGCAACAUACCCCAAACUUACGACCAUGGAUCAGUGGUGGAACAACGUGAGUGCGUGGUCCGAGAAUACCGCCAAAGACGCUGCCGAAGGGUUCAAUUCAUUCUCCCAUGGCGUCGAAGACACCGCUCACAACGCCGCCGGCGGAUUCGAUACGUUCUCACAAGGCGUCGAAGAGACAGCGCACAACGCCGCCGGUGGAUUCGACACAUUCUCAAAAGGCGUCGAAGAGACGGCACACCAUGCCUCUGAUGAAGUGGUCUCGUUCUCUCAGCACUUCCCGGAAAAUGUCAACAGCUGGAUCAACCAAGCCGCAAUGAGCAUACAAAAGGCUGUCGAAGCGGGAGACUCGAGCGAGCUGGGCCGAUGGUUGAAGAAAGCCAGCAAAGCCAUUGGAUUUGACGACUUGCUUGCACAACUGGCAGUGGUCAAGCUCGAGAAUUUGCCAAACGACAUUCUCAACUACAUCCGCGAGAACCCGGGACAGGUGGCGUUUUUCGUCUUGGGCGCAGUGGUGCUGAUCGCUCCUGUGCUCGUAUGGGGACCAGCCUUCGCUGCAAUGGGAUGGUCGGCCAAGGGCAUCCAAGCAGGUUUGUUUCCUCCCGCUGGCAACUUCAUUUCGAUCCCUGCUGACUUGUACGAGGGUCUUUCGCAGCGCGCUGGCAGUCGGUGA